UAGUCAUCACUGCUGUUAUGUCCUGGGUACAAGUUGCAGUCAGCCGAUCCAGUGAGGAUAUAUUCGACGAAGAUGCAGAUGAGAUGUAUCUACAACAGAAAGAAUGGAACAGCACCAUGAAAAAGAGAUUAAAGGAAGGCUACAGGGAUGGAGUUGAGGCUGGGAAAGAGCUUGCACUGCAAGAAGGCUUUAAUCAAGGUUACAGACAUGGCGCUGAGCUGAUGGUUGUAUGCGGCCAAUUCAGAGGAACCCUGAAUGCUCUCUUAUCCUGGUGUCAUUUUAAUGGACAUGAUUUUGCUUUACAUGAGAUAAAUAAUCUUCUUGAUAUGGUUCGAAAGCAUGAAGAGGAUGUCCUUAAAUAUCUGAAUUCUACUGAACAACAGCCACAUCUUGGACACAUUUUAGACUCUGUUCAGGACAUGGACCUUAACCUCACAGCUCCAUCUGGGACAGAGUGCAAUGAAGAUAAAGCUGGAAAACAUGAAGACAUUGGCAGCUCUGGUGAAAGCAUUGGUAGAAACAAUGGUGAGGUUGGUUCCUUGCAGUCUGAUGGCAAGGCAAAACUCUUCACAGAUCCUGAAAAGUCAACCCUUGCUUGGGUUAAAAAGCAGACUGUUUGGAUAGUAGAGCAACUGGGCUUAUCCCUGGAUAUAGUCCAUCAUGUCCAGCAACUGGAACACUAGUUUUUCUGUCUCAUGGUGUUUCAAAUUCUUUCAGCGGAAUUUCAUUCUUGGUUUGUUGGACCGUGUACAGGCUGAUGCAUCAUUUCUUAGGGAAAUCUGCUUUUGAUACAUCCCAGUAGGAGUCAUUUCUGUAGAUAUUCAUCGUACUUUGGCUCCUGGCAAAAAACUCUUGCCUUCAAGCUAAACUUUCACAG